AUGUCAGCCGACCCUCGACUCGCCCGGCUUCAAGCUCGAGCGAAUACACCUCAGUCCGCGCCGCCACAGUCGCAAUCACCGCAGCCACUGCAGCAGUCAUUACAGGCACAACUUGAACCUCGACCUCAACCUCAACCUCAACCACAAGUGCAAGUCCAAACCGAGCCACAGACAGAAACACAAGUCGCUUCUCCAUCACCGGUCCCCACCGAGACAGGACAAUCCCCAUCAGCUCCGCCAAGUCUGGAUGGAAAUGUCGAUACCGUGGCACCAGCUGCGGCGCCUAGCAGUGCGGCCACUGAAUCAUCCGAGAUCCCUUUCAAGUUAAGAUUUUGCACAGUCUGUGCCUCAAACAAUAACCGAAGCAUGGAAGCACACCUAAGGUUGUCCACCUCGGACCAUCACUACCCUGUCAUCUCUUUCGGCACAGGUUCAUACGUCCGACUACCGGGCCCCUCAAUCUCGCAGCCACAGGUCUACAAUUUCAACACGACGUCCUACACGAAAAUGUACGAAGAACUGAACGAACAGGAUGCGAGAUUAUACCGGAACAAUGGUAUUUUGAAUAUGUUGGAUCGUAAUCGAAACAUUAAAUGGGGCCCAGAGCGAUUCCAUGACUGGGUGGUUGGUGCCGCGAGGAUUGAUGCUCUGCAGCGAGGGGACAAAGGCGCCGCCGGAACAGAAGGUGGUGUCGUCGACGUCAUUUUCACCUGUGAAGAGAGGUGCUGGGACGCCGUGGUCGACAAUCUGCUGGAUCGCGGAGCGCCCUUGAACCGACCAGUGCACGUUUUUAACAUCGAUAUCAAGGAUAACCACGAGGAGGCUCUCAUAGGAGGAGGCGCCAUCCUUGAAUUGGCAGACAUGCUCAACGAAGCUGCAGCGCAAGAGAGAAAGCUGAGCGGCGCUGCUGGAUGGGAGAACGGUGGUGGCGCGGCAAGGCAGAGUUUCGACGAAAGAGUGCCUGACAUCCUGGCCACCUGGCAGGAGAAAUGGCCCAACUUGCCGGCCUUAUGGACGCUGUCAUGGUUUUGA